GAGAGAGGAGGAGAGGGGAGGAGGAGAGAAGAGCAGGAGGCGGAGGCGCCCGUCCUGCCUGGCAGCGCGCGGGACGCCGUUUGCGCCCCCCGCCCUGCGCGCGGGACGCCGUUUGCGCAUCGCCAGGGCAACCGCGGGGCUGGGGGCGCUGCGCCCGCCCCUGCGCGCGGGGUGCGGCUGCGCGGGGGGAGCGCCAAGAUGGCGGGGGCGGCGGCGCUAGCGUAGGGGGCGGCGGCGCCGAGCGGCCGGCGGAGAGGGGAGGGGAGAGAGGGAGGAGGAGCCGGCGGGAGCGCGGCGGCCCCGGGCGGGGGAUGGCGGAGCCGCGGCGGGUGCCGUUCGUCAGCCUGUCACCCGUGCGGGACCCCGAGCCGCCGCCGCUGGGCCGCGAGGCGCCGGAGCCGCCGCACGAGCCGCCCCCCCCUUCCUCCUCCUCCUCCUCGUCCUCUUCCUCGUCCUCGUCCUCCUCCCGCCCGGAGUCGAGCCGGGAGAGCGGCGGCGGCCGCGCGGAGCCGCCCCGGGCCGAGCCGCCGCCGCCGCGGCUGCAGCAGACCCGGCAGGAGCCGCCGCGGGAGGCGCUCCCGGCCCGCCGCACCGUGCGCCUGGAGCUGGCGCUGAAGGACCCCACCGAGGAGGGAUGCGUGGAGUUCAGCUACCCCGAGCUGCUGCUCUGCGGGGACGCGCGGAAGAAAUCGGUUCACUCGGACGAUCCAUUUAAUGAUGAACGGCGUGAGCAGCAUGAAGUGGAAGUGCUAGCCAAGAAGUUUGAGGCAAAAUAUGGUGGAAAGCCCCACAAACAUCGGAAGGAUCGCCUGCAGGAUCUAAUUGAUAUAGGUUAUGGUUAUGAUGAAACGGACCCUUUCAUUGAUAAUUCUGAAGCGUAUGAUGAAUUGGUGCCUGCAUCCCUGACAACCAAGUAUGGAGGGUUUUAUAUCAACACUGGUACACUGCAGUUCCGCCAAGCAUCUGACUCAGAGGAUGAAGACUUUGCAGAAGACAAAAAGCAUAGGCCACCUAAAAUAGCAAAGUUAAAAGAAAGUGAAGAUCGUGGAAUGAAGAAGCGCAAGCGGAAAGAUGAAGGAACAGAAAAGGAAAAGAAGCCGCGGAAAAUGAAAGUUCCUAAGCAGUUGGGAGUAAUGGCCUUAAAUUCACACAAGUCUGAAAAGAAGAAAAAGAAAUUGUAUAAAGACUCACUUUCUCUGGCUGCCAUGAUCCGUAAAUUUCAAAAGGAGAAGGAAGCCAUGAGGAAGAAGGAAUCUAGUCCAAAACCUCCAGUGACUGUUGCAACCUCUACCCCUAGUAAAGUUUCCUCCUCCUCUCUCAGUGCAGGAAAUGAUAUCUGCGACUUGAAUCUUAGGAUCAAUGAUCCUGUCCUCUCCAUUUUUGGUAGCACAAAUGAACCUGAGCUCCUGCAAGAAGCUGAAAGUGCCCUGGAGAUGCUGGGAGACAUUGACUUAGACAAGUUGCUUGAUGGCACUUCUGAUGGCAGCCCAGUAUCUGAGCUGUCAGGAGAAAAUGGAAAUAUCACUCAGGCAGCCUACACUCCUCAGGUCAUGACACCCAAGCAGGUGCCUGCCCUCCCAGAAGGUCUGCCUAUGCUACUUGAAAAGCGCAUUGGAGACCUUCGAACAGCCGCCAAGAUGUUUGAUGAGGAAGGCAGGAAGAAGUUUUUCACACAAGACAUGAAUAAUAUUCUGCUGGACAUUGAGCUACAGUUACAAGAGAUAAAUCCUGCCAUCCGCAAUGGAGUGUAUUCUCACCUUGAGGCUUUUGUGCCAUGCAAUAAGGACACGCUGAUAAAGCGUCUGAAGAAGUUACACCUCAAUGUCCAGGAUGACCGCUUGAGAGAACCGCUGCAGAAGCUGAAACUGGCUGUCAGUAACGUCAUGCCUGAACAGUUGUGCAAGUAUCAAGAGGACUGUCAGGCCCGCAAUCAAGCCAAAAAUGCCAAGUUGCAAGCAGAAGAUGAACGAGAGAAAAAUGGAUCAGAGGAAGAUGAUGAUGAGAAACCUGGAAAGAGGGUUGUGGGACCCAGAAAGAAGUUCCAUUGGGAUGACACAGUGAGGUCUCUGUUGUGUAAUCUUGUGAAGAUCAAGCUGGGAUGCUAUGAGCUAGAGCCAAAUAGAAGUCAGUCUGCUGAAGAUUACCUCAAAACCUUUAUGGAAACAGAAGUGAAACCACUUUGGCCUAAAGGCUGGAUGCAGGCAAGGAUGCUUUUUAAAGAAAGCCGAAGUGUUCACAAUCACCUCACCUCUGCUCCGGCAAAGAAGAAGGUGAUUCUGGCCCCAAAACCCAAAGUGAAGGACUCCAGUCCAAAGAAAGAACAGAAAACCUGUAUGUCUUCAGUCAAUUCAAGUUGCGCUACUGUACUGAGUUCCAGCACACCGGUCUGCACCCCAGCCAGCUCUAGCUGCACGCCAGCUCCAGAGACGAUCUGCUUGGAUGACUCACUGGAUGAAGACCUUUCUUUCCACCCACCCUCACUGGACUCUAUUUCAGAUGCUCUGGCAGUUAUCAAUAAUGGUGCCAAGGGAUCACCUCUUGGGUCCACCAUAGAUGCACCAACAUCCAGACCUCGCCCUGGGCUGAGGGAAGAGAAACUAGCAAGCAUUAUGAGUAAGUUGCCUCUGGCAACCUCAAAGAAAGUAGAGCCCACUCAGACACCCCAUUCAUCAAGUCUUAUUGCUGGUCACACAGGGCCAGUACCAAAGAAACCCCAGGACCUAGUUCACACUGGUAUCUCUUCAGGCCUUAUUGCUGGAUCUUCAAUUCAAAAUCCUAAGGUUUCCUUAGAGCCUUUGCCAGCCAAACUACUUCAGCAAGGACUACAGAGGUCAAGCCAGAUCCAAGCUGCUUCCUCCUCUUCUCAGACUCAUGUUUCUUCCUCUAAGACCCAAACAGCUAUUUCCACCUCUUCUCAAAGAACCAAGGAUGCCAAUAUCUUGGUAUCAUCUUCUGAGGCUCAAGGUGGUUCUUCUUCAACAUCACAAGCGACAAAGGUGCACCAGCAUUCAGCUGUACAACAGAAAUAUGUAUCUCCUUUACAAGCAACUAUUAGUAAAUCACAGUCCAAUGCAGUGGUGAAAUUGAGUAGUAAUCCCAAACUGUCUUGCUCAUCACCAGUCAUCAAGGCUCAAGAUAAGUCUGUAGUAUAUCGCCUGCCUUUGUCUAAUCCCUCAUCUGGAAGUGGCUCUCAAGUGUCUCACCCACUGGUUUCUCGGACAACAUCUAGCACCUCUACCUCUAGUAACUAUUUAGCCAAGGCUAUGGUGUCACAAGUUUCUUCCCAGGGUUUCAAGCCUCCCUUCUCCAUGGCUGCCUCUCCCAAACCUGCUGUGUCUCCCAAGCCCACUGCAUCUAAGCCCUCCGUGACACCCAAGCCCAAUGCAUCACCUAAAUUUUCAUCCAAGUCCACCUCAUCCCCCAGGCCCGCGACAACACCCAGUUCUUCCAGUUCAAGUGCACUAGUUUCCCAGAGUAGUCACUCCAGCAACAACCCCCUUCAUAAACAGACCAGUGGUGUAAAUAUCAGCAGGCAGUCUCCCACAAUGAAUUUGCUGCCCUCUAAUCGCACCUCAGGCCUUCAGCCUGCAAAGAACCCUCAGGCUUCUUCAAAAUUGCCCAACUCUUCUCCUUCUGGAACUGUUGGUAAAAACAAUGUGGGUGGAGUUGGAAUGAAUGUACCUGCCAGCAGAGGCAGUAACCUUAACUCAAGUGGAGCUAGUAGGACUAGUCUGUCUGGGGGAGCAGGAAGUGGAACACAGGGUGCUACUAAACAAUUGUCAACCCCACACAGACCAUCUUCUGCCUCAGGGUCUCCAGUUGUAGCAGCCAGUGUGCAGUCAACAGCAGGAGCAUCGUUACUGGCUAAUGCCUCACCUCUGACUCUCAUGGCAUCACCCCUGUCUGUAACCAGUCAGAACGUGACGUCUGCACCAUUAACUCCUUUUGGGAUGCUGGGUGGCCUUGUUCCUGUGACCGUGCCCUUCCAGUUUCCCUUGGAGCUGCUUGGCUUUGGGACGGACACAGCUGGAGUGACAACCACCUCGGGAUCUACCUCAGCGGCUUUCCACCACAGCCUAACUCAGAACUUACUGAAGGGUUUACAGCCAGGUGCUCAGCACGCAGCAACGCUGUCUCACUCACCUCUGCCUGCUCACUUGCAGCAAGCUUACACAGAUGGAGGCCAAAGUAAAGGGGACACUAAGUUACAGCGGAAAAACCAGUGACAUCUGGACAAGCAAGAGAGCUGAAGCAGUUCUGGUUGGCUGACAGAAUCUGCCCAGUUGGGAAAGUGCUUAUUGUCACAGGGCUGCUGUUUCUGUCGAUGUUUACAUAUUCUGAUCCCAAGCACUGUGGUGAGAGGAAGAAGAAAAAGAAAACAAUACUUGAUCAAAGAGAGAAGGAAAAGGAAGACUGGUCCUCCUGAUCAUGCAGACUGGUCAUAGUUUGAUCUUACCUAAAGAAACAAGCUUUUUUAUCUGCUCUGAUUGGCCUUUAAAAGAAAUUGAUCGUCAAACCCACAGCAGCACAAACGUUUUUUUUUUCCUUGGAUGAUGUCCAAUAAAGAGCUGAAGCAUGAGAGGAGCUAGAAUAGGUUUCUCCAUCCGUUGUGUAAGGUGGAAUCGUCCACUGCAUUAGUUCCCAAAGUGCCCAGCGUAAGAUUAUGCAUAGGUCCCGAUUGUGCUUUAUGGUUGGGGACCAAAGGCUCUGUAGAGUAGAAGUGGUGCUGGGAUACUUUGCAUUGCAAUUAAACCCUUACACAAAUACAGUGUCUGAUAUGGGCGUUUUUCCAGCUUUACAAGGCGGUUUGGCUUUAGGGAGCCUAUAGAUGCAGUCUCAUUAGAGAGUUGUCUUCAAAAACGGAUCUCCUGGUACAUCAGGGUGUGAGAGACAGACUACUGGGAAAUCCCUUGCUCCUUGUUUGAUAUUUUUUUUUAAUAUAAAGAUGCUUGUGUAAGGGAGGAAGGAGGUGGAAAUCUUUCCGUUUAUGUGACAAGGAAACCCAUGUUUUAUUGGUCUAGACUAGCAUUUCUUUCCUGCAUCUCUUUUGAAAGGUACACUGAUUUUUCAGUCCUUUCAUUUGUUAAACUCUUUUCCUUUGCCUUGUGCUUAUCUACUACUAAAAAUCAAGUAAUGUUCUAUUCGUAUAUUUUAUAAAAUACAACCAGUUCUUUACUUAUUCUAGAUCUUCCUCAUCUUUCAUCUGACUCCUCCCAAAAGCCGUGCAUUAUACUGAUUUGCUAGUUAACAAAAGCUGAUUAUGACCUAUUCCAGAGCCAGGUUAGUACUGCUUCAGGCAUUAGCCAAAGAGGAGUCGUUCAAAAGCGACCAGAGGUGCCUUCUCUUCUGGGGGCUGAAUGAGUUGUCUCCAGCAUUUCCAGCCCCUGCUGGCCUGGGGAGUUCCUGACCUGAACUCUUCCUUACAUGGUAGCACAAGACUGCAAAGCUGGCUUUUGGGGGUUUUUGGAUAGCAAUACAUCGACUAGUUCAUUUGUAAGGUUAGGGAGGACCCAGCACAUGUUGCACUUUCAACACUAGGACAGAACUUUGCUGUUGAGUCCCUUGCGCUGUCAGAUAAAAGGUGAGAAUGGCAGAAACGAAACUGAAAUAAGUCAUAGGGGAAAGGAGCAAAUAAACUAGUAUGAUCCCCUUCUCCUUCAAUCCCGAAACAUUCCUGUGAUCGGAGAUGCUGAAAUUCUUAGUAGCUAGUCUUUCCAGUAGUUUGAUUUGAGACUGAACCAGUGACUGCUGGUUAUCUCAUACCUUCCAGAGAGAUUUUGACUCAUGAGUAAUGAAUCUUCAGUGUUUUUUGCUAGAUUAACUUAUAGCUUUCAGGUUUCUUUUACAUGUGAUUUAUUUUUCUUAGACCAGACAACAAUUUCUUUUCUAUUUAGAGCUCAUUUUAAUUUUAUAUAAAUAUAUAUACGUGAAUUGAAAAUAAUAUAUAUUGUGUAUUUAGUAUAAAAAUGUUGGGUUGAGCUCAGCAAUAAAUGUUUUUUGCACAACACUUGUGUGAAAGUCAGAUUGAAUUAAAAUAAGCAUUAGUUUGUUAAUUUCACUCUACAGUAUCUGCCAAUUAAAUGCUUCUUAGCUAGUGCUAAUGUUUUGUAUGUGACGUAUUGAAUAGAAAAGCUUGCAUCUCCAUCAUUGAGGUUAUUUAGAGUUGAAACAUGGAGCUACAUAGACUCUGGUGUUCUUAAUACUGUGCAAAUUCUGUCAAAAUAGCAUACAUUAUUUAGACUGCAAGCUUUAUCUGAUUUUUUUUUUUUUUUUCCUCUUCAGGAAGGGUUGAAGAAAGACAACUUUUGGGUUUUGAGGCCUAACAAUUCUGUCAGGAUGCUAAUUCUCUGACCUGUGUCAAACCCGAUACUUUUAACAUUGCAUGUAGCUAGGGGAGUUGCAACAGUGAGCAAUCAGGCGGCAAUAUAUUUAAAAGACUCUGUCCUAAGAUAGUUCUACCUCUUCUGUGUUUUUCUCAUCAAGGCAUCUCAUUCAAAUUGCCAUCUUUUUGUCUUCACACUUAGUGAGAUUUUAGACUGGGAGAUUUGAACCCUUUAUAACUACAGCACAAAUCUGCUUUCAGUAUUCCUCUCUUCCUGGAAGUAUGCCUCAUCUUCACUGGAGGAGGAUCCUCUCUAAAUCUUAAGGAGGGUAGGAGUAGUCCUCUGUAUGUGGCUUAUGGAGUGUCUCAGUCUUGGGAAACAAGUAAACUAAUGCUUAAUUAUGAGUAGGAUGAUGAGAAUAAAGAUGACCAUGCGUUGUUGGCGAAGCCAGUUCAAACAGCACCCCCAGGCUAACCGUUUUCAGUCAUUAUGCUCCUCAGCUUCUUUGGAAUCAGCAAUAUGCUGAUGAAGGGGUCUGUGUUGCCGGUCCCCUAUUCUCCCUGGUUAAACCUAGCAAGGCCAAAUCAAAGGAAAUAAUAGGGUGGCUCCCAGAGACCUUUGCAGGUAGCAUAAACAGAAUGGGGAAGUGAAAGAUUUCUGCAAUGUCCAAAUGCAAAAUUAGGUUAAUGUUUUACUGUUUUCUGCACAGCAGCUCUUCUAAUGACUUUUCCCCCUGAAUUUUUUCUACCUUUUAAGGGCCUUUGUUAAUAAAUAAACUGUAGUUGUACAUACUAAAUAACCCUCAGUAUUCACAAGCAAUAAGAAAGCCAAGUAGAGCUGUCUUUUCCAGGCAGCAGGGCUGAACUUGAUUUGGGGACCGUAUAUGAGCUAACACGCCAAGCUCACUGAAAGCCCCAAACAAAUGCAAGCAAUAACUUCAAACACAGGUAUUAGGUGUUAAAACCGUCUGGGUAAUAUUUUCUGCUACAUGAUCCAAAGUCCCAAAAGUUGUAGUAGCUAUUUUAAAACCUUUUGAGACACUUGCAAAGAACAAAGGCAGGCUAGAUGAAAAACAGACUGCAAAGUUUUCUGAUACCUUGGACUCUGAACUGCAGUGUUCUCCCACUCUUAAGACGCAAAUGUCCAGCCUUCUCUCAUUUGAGAUACAUGGCUAAUACUGAUCAACUAGGUCACAAGUGUGGAUGCUGUGGGUUUCACAUCUGUUUUCUGCUAAUCAGAAGUAACUUUUAAUGACCUGGGUUCGGCUUCUUGUUUGAAUCCGAUCAAAGUUGUCCGAUGCACAGAUUUGGGGGUGGGACAGGUGCCAAGAGCCCGUUUCCUUCCUGCAGUCCCAUCACCUGACCUUUCCUUCUCCGCUUGGUGCAAGACCCUUGAGGACAUGAAAACAGAGAAAUCCUGCAACUCUCCCAAGCUGCCGUCAGUUGUGUGAACCAUUAACCCUCUGGGAGUCAUCUUGGACUCCAACUAACUUUAUCACAUUUGCUGCUACAUUCGUAAAAUGAACUUUUGGCUGUAUUUAUUAGCAAAUUUUAAUCUAGUUUAAAGUUUGGUUUUCUUUUGAGUAGUUUUUUGCCCACAGGUGGAAUAGAAGUGCUGGGGUGUUUGGGUUGGUUGGGUUGGGUUGGUUGUGUUUUUGUUGUGUUUUUUUUUGUUUUGUUUUUUUUUUGAGUGGAGGCGCAGUGGUCCCUCUUCUGCUUUUGUUUUGGAUAUUUUUUGAAAAUGGCAUUGCAGGGAAAACCUGCAGCCAAGCCAAGCUGUGGAAGGCUUCCUCCCACACCUAACUUUCAUCUUUUGCUGAACUGGGGAGGGGGAAUAAAGGGACGCUUGCUUUUUUGUUUGGGUUUGUUUGGUUUUGGUUUUCGUGUUUUUUUCCAUACAAUGAACAAGAACAUGAAAGCAGUAGGUAAAUGACUGAUUAAUUAACACUUUAUGCAAUUUUAAUUUUAUAGAAAUUAAAGAAAGGUUGGUAGAUUUUGAUUGGUCCUAGCUCUGGUGAAAUGGCUGUAACCCUCCAUGACUUACUUGAUUCAGGCCUUUGUCCUUUGUUUAAGUGCCUUUUUUUUUUUUUAAAUUUUAUUUCCCUACCCUCUUUAAACUGUUCUCAGAGAUCCUGAAGUGCUGGAAGGCAUUUUGGAGAAAAAUCUUAAGCUUGCCAAGAUGGCUUUAUGCUGUUACACUAUUUUUUCCCUUUUGUAAAGAAAAGAAGUGUGUGAUGUGUGUAACUUCAUAGCUGCUGUACCAUGGCAUUGGUCCUGUGUGCUUGUGUGUUUUCUCUCUCUUACUCACACACAUGCACACACACACACGCAUCUACAGCAAUAUUCCAGAGAAACCUGUUUGUCCUACAUUCUGCUGGCUCUGUUAAACACUUUAAAGGUGAACAUUUGUGCAAAGAUGGCAGUACAAUAAAAGAGUGUGUGUGAGUGUGCUUAAAUGUGCACGAGAGAAAGGAAGCAGCUAACGGGAAUUAAACUUCUUGCUUUCUUUGAAGGUGUUUAAUUUGGAUCUUAACUAGGUCACAAGUCAGACAUUAUGGGCCCUGUCUGGCAACCUUAUUAAGUAUCGGACCACUUCACAUAAUUACGGAGUCUGAGGCAAAGACGUGUGGCUGGCAGCCCCAAGGAGGUGGAGGGAAAAGAAGGUUAAAAGAGCAUUUUGCAGCAAGUUUGAGUUGAGAUGAAUUGCAAGGAAUUCUGUGUGCAGCUUGACACCAAUUAUUGCAAGGAUUCUCACGUUUACCAAACUUGUCACCUUGUACCAUGCAUCGUAUUUAAGGAGGAGGUCGGUAAAACCUGCAAGAGCGCAGCUGGUAAUUGAAGUCAAACGUGGCUACGCUUCACAUGUUGUCUAAAUCAUUCACCGUGAAGUACUUUCCUAGCUGUACUUUUUCUCAGUUUAUUGAGAUUUCAUUAAUGUUUUUUUCUCUUAAUAUAAUGAGUUCAUGUGGUGUUGGCUGCAGGUUGUCAUAAUGUCUGUGCUCUUUUCCUUGUUCCCUGACAAAAUUAGUAAUCUGCAAUAGAUCGUCUAGUGAUUUUAACAAUAUUGUGCUGAGGAUCUGUCUAACUUAUAUGAGUAUUAUAAACAUGCAUACCUGAAAUUGGCAAUUCACUUGUUGAGCAAGUGGGAAACUUAACAUACAGAUGCAUCAGUAGACUGUGCUGGCUCUGUGAUGCACUUCCCCUGUGGAAGAGCUAAUUUGCAAUAUGAAAAGGAAGCAUUUACUUUCCAGAAUGGGAAUGGAAUAAAAAGUUCUUCGUAGGUGGAGAACGCAAUGAAAGAACAGAAAAUAAGAUACCAAAUUCUAUGUGUUCCUGUGGCAGAGAGUAGCCUAACUGCUAGUUUAGUUCUUAGCUUGUCUUCACGUUUGAGUGAACCUGUGUAUGUAAACUAGGGCAUAGGCGGAUUUCUCCUGCCACUCCAAUGGUGCCAGUCAAAGACAGGGCUUGCUGGUGGCUUGGCCAGGUGGAGUGGUAGUGAGGGUGCAGCUUAAUCUGCCUUAGAUGCAUCACUGAGAUCACUUCAGUGGAAUUUGCCACAUUCACCUGUGGCAGUAAAUGUGCAAACUGAGCUCUUCUGUCGCUGUUUAAUUCAUUCUGGGCAUACAUGUCUUUUUUUCGUCCUGGGCUGGUCUGUGAGAUCAUGGAAUCUACAGCUAGUGAUGAUGGUUGACUGUUGCAGUGUUUUUUAACAGAUGCUGCUGUUCUGAAAAAAACUGUGUCUGUCUACUGCUUAAGAAAUCACUGCCAAAAUAAGCAGCCAGAAGUAUGCUUACUGGGCCACUGGAAAGAUAACAGUUGUGUAGGGGAAAGCUUUGUUUGUGGAAACUUCUGGUGUGGCUUCAUCAUCCUUCUUUUAUGACCCAGUGAUCCCUUGCUGCUGUAAUAGCCUUUUGGGGCCAUAGAAAGCCCUGCUGCUGCUAUGAGUUAUGCUGCGAGAUCAGCAUGGCCUGGAACUGGCCCAAAACUGGGGGAAGUACAAAGAUUCCCUACAGCUGUUUUUGCACACUCCUCAUAAAUAAAACUGUGUUAAUCUUGUCAGUAGUCAAGCAUAUAGGUCUGUAUUUUGUAGCCAUUUUUGACAGCUAUAAUUCUACAAAGUAACUAAAAAAAAAAAAGAAAAAAACAAAAAAAAACAACAACAAACCAUGUUUUGUAUCUAGAAGUGAAUUUCAGUCUCUUCCCUUGCCUUCGUCUCCUGCUUAAAUUAUAACCAUUAGAUAGUAAGUUUUUCUUUAUGAUGAAGUAAUCGGAAGCAAGCAGUGUACACUGUGUUUGACUCCUACCAUGCUCAAUACUAAGGGGUUUUGGUUGUUUGGGAAUUCUUUUUCUUUGCCCAGCAGUGUGUGCAGAUGUAUUUUAUCAACAGAUGGUUGUGUUUGUUACUGUCUAGUACCAAGAGAAAAAGGGAAGGAGAUAAUCAACCAAAACCAGCCAGGAGAUACCACCAUCGUAGGCCAAACCAAGUAGCUGCUGAGGCAGCCAGAGCUUCUUUGAGACUUACUGGAUUUCACCAGGGGAGUGGGGGAAGAAAUUUUCUUGUGUUCUCAGCUUUUUCUAGAUAAAGCCUUAGUUUGAUUAGUAGUCACUAAUAUCAACUAUGCAGAGACGUAUUUACGUGUUUCAGUGUUACCUGCAUUCCUUUCCCCAGCUACCCCUCCUAACACAUGUUAAAGUUUUACCCAAAGAAAAUGGAAUAUUUUUUGAAUGUCUGUACUUCAGAAGUCUUUUUUGCUAACGUGAAGAAAGAAAUUUGUAUUUUAAAAAAGAAACCCUUUCACUGGUGCAACACCGAGUGUUAAGUGUCAUGAAGUAGCUAAGAGAGGGAAGUUAACAUUGCCUCUUGGAACAGGUUUUAAUCUGAGACUUUUUUAGACUAUUCAGCUCUUAAACUUGGUUUAAGAAGCCGCAGAAGUGUUUUGUAACAUAGAUUGGAUUGGGGGAGAAACUAAUGAGACAUCCCAGGUUUUCUUCCAGUAUCAGAAGUGAAUUAAAUCAAUUUCUCACUUAAAUGAAGUGGCUUCUAAACAAGGGGAGUUACAGGCUACACAGUAGCUGGAUCUUUAAAUAAAUCAUGAUUCCCAGGUAUUUCUUGCUGAUCUGUUAGUCGUCUUGUAUGUAACUACAAAUAACAAUUUAGUUCAGAGGUGAGAACUGUAGUGUGUGUUUUAUUGCUGGUGAUUCCAUCGUGUAGCAAUUAGUACUAUGUUCUUGCAUAGUUUCUAAGAUCCAUACUGGAAAUAGAUGGAGAAACUAUUUUUGGACUACUGUUUAAAAAAAAAAAAUUACAAAAUUAACUACUACUAUUUAUCCCAAAAGUCUACUGAGCAGCAUUAUAUUUUAGCAGUUAAACCGGUACUCUGUUAUGUGAUUUGUCUCUUGUAGUCUUUUGUGGAGGGUUAGAAGCAUUUAAAGAGUAAUCCUUAAAAUGCUGGCAUUCUCUAGCUUAAAGUCAGGUGCUUGUAAUAAAAGGGCAUCUGUGGUGAUAACUUCUGAUGAUAGAAAAGCACGAUGUUCAGAGUAUUUCGUUGGGAAGAAUAAAAAACAAAACAGGUGUGAGUGUGAGUCCCUUCAGUUCUGCUUGAUGAAGAGGCUCAGGCAAGAACAGAGUGUCCCAAUACCUGCCUGCACAGCUAGUGGUAGCGCGGGGAUCAUCCCCUCGACAGAGGUUUGGCCUCCAUGUCCUUUGUUUGGUGUCACCUUUAAUAUGUGUGUGUGUGUGUGUGUGUGUGUGUAUAUAUUAGCAAGUUUGGAUACAGCCAGCUUGACUCUACCUGACUUGCUAUGAUCCCCAAGACAAUGGAAGGCCGAGAAACAGAUGGAUAAAGUGUUCUCCUGCCUUUCACUUGGUAACUCAGAACAAACAGAUGGUCAAGUUUUUGUUUGUUUUUUAUUUUUUGUAAUAAACAAAUGUUGAAUCGCAACGAGAAUUCUUUGCAUUCCUCAGUUUCAAACAAAGGAAUGCACAGUUCCUACGAGAUGGCAAACCUGUUUGAGUUGGUGAUUCCUGUGAUGCUUUACUCAGUCCAGUGUGAAUUUGUACAAGGUCACCUUCCUCCUUUCGGUACUUGUGUAUUUCAGACCAUAGGGCUUAGUGAUGGAGAGAGGAUUCCGACAGCUGUGUGCUUACCUGACAAGCUCUCCAGAGAAACUUCCCUGUGAAAUGCUCCCCUCUGUGACAAUAAGCCUGAACAAUGGAACGCAGCUACGUGUGGGUAGUUGGCACCACUUUCAUUUGGAUUUUUAGAGAGGUGUGUUCCAAUAACUUCAAGGGAUACUGUGUUUUAAAUGUGUGAUUUCUUUCCUCUCUCCUUAUAAAACUGGACCUGAACACAAGUUUUGAGUUGUUGGGGUUUUUUGGUAAUAAUCUCAGGACCUGAAAGAUUGUAGCAUUUAGUGUGUCUUAAAAAUGAUGUACUGUACCAGCCAUGGAUUUUGUAAAUACACCUGUCUCCCUUUUUUGUAUUUUAAUUUUUUUAAACGUGUGUAAGGCUCUUUGCCAGAGGAACUGGUGCCUGCUUAAUUUCCAUCCUGAACUGAAGCAGGAGAAGGAAGAAGCUGCUGCCACAAAAGCCCGCAUCAGUUCCAAAUGUGUAUAUUGUUCUGGUCAGUUUAAUGGCUGUUAGUCUUUUGUUAGUUGGGAAGCCGGUUUGUUCCCCUGCACAUUCCCAGUUGUGGCUAGCAAAGCCCUAUCGGGGAGACUAGUUUUAAGUCUUCUGUGUGACUACUUGAUAAUUUCACUCCUUCUAGAUGCUCAGGUUUGCUAUCCCUGAGAAGUCUGGUGUUUUCAGAGGUCAGGACUGUUGGCCCUCUGCAAGAAUAGCUGGAGAGCAUUUCUCAUUGUAUCAGUGCUGUGGUCCAAACGUGGUGAAAGGGUUUGUAUCCUGCACACCUUUCAGAUAAUGCCAACUCCACCUAUUCCGAGAGGGACUUGCCCUUUUAUUUUCUGCUUUCCUGAAAGGAGUGCAAAGACUUCUUUGGCAGCAAACUUUGCUCUGGGAUCCAACCUUGCCGGCAGACCCCUGUUCUGCAGUAGGAGCCUUACUCCAUGUGGCGUAGCUGUUCCCUGUCCCCGACCGCGACAGGCUUUUUUCAUGAGUGUACUUUUCUUUUUCUAUGUGUCACGUGUCUGUGCUGUAUUAAA